CCGAGCAAAAUGGAAAACUUUACCACAGCUCAAGACAUGAACAUGACUUUGGGGACGUGGAUGGACCACAGUAUCCAUUACAAAGUGAUAAGUAGCUUAUUGCUUUUUGUGAUAUGCGCCUUAGGAAUUGUUGGCAAUGUUAUGGUCAUCUUGGUGGUGCUUACCACCAAACACAUGAGGACACCGACCAACUGCUACCUUGUGAGUUUGGCAGUGGCAGAUCUGAUGGUGCUAACAGCGGCUGGUCUACCAAGUAUAACAGACAGUAUCUUUGGAUCUUGGGUAUUUGGCCACUAUGGGUGCCUUUCCAUCACCUACUUUCAGUACCUUGGAAUCAAUGCCUCAUCUUGCUCCAUAACAGCUUUCACAAUAGAAAGAUACAUCGCCAUUUGCCAUCCUAUAAAAGCACAGUUUUUGUGCACCCUGUCCAGGGCGAAGAAAAUCAUUUUGUUUGUAUGGGUUUUUACUUCGGUUUACUGCGUAAUGUGGUUUUACCUGUCAGAUAUCCAAGAGCUGGUGUAUGACAACAUCACCAUCGUCACCUGCGGCUACAAAGUGCCCAGACAGUUUUACUUGCCGAUUUACUUUUUUGAUUUCGGCAUAUUUUUUGUUUUGCCACUGUUGCUCUCUGCAAUCCUGUACGGACUCAUAGCAAGAAUCCUCUUCCUCAAUCCGCUGCCGUCUGACCCGAAGGAGAAAAAGAAAAAUGGACACAGCGGUGCCGCGGUCAGUAAGGCGCCGAGCUGUAAAAACACUCGCCACUCCAGUUCAACUGCGACCUCCCGCAGACAGGUGACCAAGAUGCUGGCUGUGGUGGUGAUCCUGUUCGCCAUGCUUUGGAUGCCCUACCGCACCUUGGUGGUGGUCAACUCCCUCCUGGACCAGCCCUACCUGGACAGCUGGUUCCUGCUCUUCUGCCGGACGUGCAUCUACCUCAACAGCGCCAUCAACCCGGUCAUCUACAACGCCAUGUCCCAGAAGUUUCGGGCCGCUUUCCGCAAGAUCUGCCGCUGCGGGCGCAAGGGCUCGGAGAAGCCGGCCGCCUACAGCGUGGCGCUCACCUACAGCGCCGUCAAGGACACAUCCAUGGUGGAGAGCACCGACCACUUCACCACAGAGCUGGAGGAGCUCACGGUCACAGACGAGCUGCUGCCUGAGAAGAAAAUGAUGUUCCAGGACCCUUGUGUCUAUGGGAGGGUGACUUUCAGCGACGCCUGA